AUGUCCUCCGUGCAUGUGGCUUUGAACGUCACCUUCCUCAGCACCUCGAGCCUGCAGUUCACGCUCAAGUCGGCGUGGAACUGCUGGACCUUUGACGGGUGCGACUACUGGGAGAAGACGAAGACAGCGGCGUGGUCCAACAUCCCGGAGACGAUGUUCGUGGGCUUCUAUGAGUCGACUACGUGCUACGAAGUCGACGACACCAAGAAGGCCCUGUUCGCGCUUAACGGGACCUACACAUUCCCGAAGUCAAGGCCUAUCCGGUCGGUGAUGAUCGCUGAAUCCAGCGACCCCACUCGUCGACCGCACUUCAUCUAUUCCAAGUGCCCCGAUGCAGAACGCGCGGGGCUCGGAUCGACCGACAGCGAUGUCAGUGCGUACGUCGUGGGGGCCACCAUCACAUCGGUAGCAGGUAGCGGACCGUCGUCUAACUGGAAUGAUGCGCUUCCUAGCGACGACGUUGCGGGUUCAAACGCCUACGACGGUGCGGGCGCAUCGGUUUCCGCGCCGUGA